GUUUCAUCCUAAAUUCUCAGCUCGAACUCAUGAACUCAAAAUGAACAAACCAUCAUCUUCCUUAAUUUUCCUUCUGCUUGUGUUCUUUUCUUGUCUUGGAAUCGCAGUUGCUGAUUCUCAUAAUGUCUUUGAUUCUUGUCCAACAGCCACUGAUAGAAUUGACUUCGUCAAUGGCUUCCCUUGCAAGAACCCCACCGUUGUUAGGACGGACGACUUCACCUCAGCAAAGUUAACGGGACCGGUCAAUACCGACGAUCGGUUCAGCUCGUUGGUGAAGGUCGUCACGGCCGCAGAUUUCCCUGGCUUGAAUUCUCUCGGGCUAUCUAUCUCUAGAACUGAUUUGGGCACGGAUGCCAUCGUUUCUCCUCACUCGCAUCCGAGAGCCACGGAGAUGUUCUUUGUGAAUCAAGGCAUCGUUCUAGCUGGAUUCAUCGACACCAAAAACCGACUCUUUCAGGAGUUUUUAAAACCCGGCGACGUAAUCGUAUUUCCAAAGGGGUUGUUGCACUUCUGUCUCAAUUCUGGUUAUGAGACUGCCACCAUUUUCUCUGUGUAUAACAGUCAGAACCCAGGAGUUGUGAACGUCAAUGGUGCCAUGUUUGAGCCGGCUGAUUCAAGUCAUUUCAUAGACAUGUUCCUCGACAAAUUAAAAGCUCUUUCUUCACUACCAAAUCUCAAAUUCAACCCAAAUGUAACUCUACCCAGAUACAUAAGCUUGUAAAAUUAUAGAUUCGUCUUGAAAAGAAACUGCACAAGUUUACACGA